AAGAGUAUGACCUGAGGGAACCAACAUAAUCUAAUCGGUGAAAAAGAGAGUGGCUCAAGGGGAGACUGGGAGUGUAUUGGAAAGGGAGGGAGGUAUGGCACUGGCUGAGUGAAAACACAUUCCUGAAGCAUGUGGAGGAAUGGAUAGGACAAGGAGGGAGAGGCACGUGCAGCAAGGCCACAGCUUACUCAUCUGGACAAACUAAGUAGUGCUAAACCCAAUUACUGCUGGACAACGCAGGAACACUGACUUCCAUCUCCUCUGAGACGGAAUGGAGGGAAUAAUACACUACUAUAAUAACACCUAGGAGAGAUGGCAGCUAAGUGGAUUCUUUUGUCAACACAAUCCAGCCUGAAAGUAGUUCCUCUGCAUUUUUCAAUCCUAACCAGAUUGAGUUAAGUUUAGCAGCCUAAAAAAGGACUUGAGCCCUGGGAACCAAGGCUGAGGUGAGCAUGAGAGGAGCCGAGCCACAAGUGCACUCUUUAUCUGGAUUCAGCAACGACGUGUGGAUGAACUUUUCUGACAUUCCAAUGUUCAGUGGUGAUAAAAGGGACCUGUGUUAUCAGUAGAACAUGCAGUAUUACUGGACUCUCAAAUCUCCUGUCAAAUCAUUUUACUUAAGACUCUGAAGAGGAGACAUUAACCACCAAAAAUGAAGAGGAGAUUUUACUUUCCAAAGUUCAACAUUCCAUAUUACUUUUGACAUUGCUCAUAUUCCUGUGGCUGUUCAAUUGAUUGGGAUGUUUGCUCCAUUCUAUGCCUCAUUGAUUGCGUGUUUGGCCAGCGGCUGGAGGAGACGGUUCUGUAUGAGCGGCGUUACGGGGUACACAUGGCACCGCUGGUGGUGGAGCAGUGUGUGGACUUCAUCCGGGAGCGAGGUCUUCUGGAGGUGGGGCUGUUCCGCCAGCCAGGCCAGGCCACGCUGGUUAAAGAGUUGCAGGAUGCCUUCGACGCUGGGGAGAAGCCCUCCUUUGACAGCAGUACAGACGUGCACACCGUGGCGUCUCUCCUGAAGCUGUAUCUGCGGGAGCUGCCAGAGCCACUGGUGCCCUUCUCCAGAUACCAGGACUUCCUGGUGUGUGGCAAGAACAUCUCCUCUGAGAGGAAGCAGAGUUUGACAGAACUACGACAUCUUCUGCAUCAACUUCCAGUGGCUAACUUCAACCUGCUCAACUACAUCUGCCAGUUUUUGAAUGAAGUCCAGUCCUAUUCUAGCAGCAACAAGAUGAGCACCCAGAACCUGGCUACUGUUUUUGGCCCAAACAUCCUACGACCCAAAGCUGAAGAUCCAGAGAGUAUCAUUGGAGGGGCAGCCGUGGUGCAGCAGCUUAUGUCCGAGCUGAUCAGGGAGCACCAGUGCCUUUUCUCCAGGGAGUGGGGAGACAUAGAGGCACCUGGCUCUUCACGUCCUGACUCUUACCCAUGUCAGAGAUGGAAAGGAGACCCAUUCGAGGGGGCGCACAUCCAGCCAACUGCCCAGACCCAGUCGCAUGAUUACAGGCUGGGCAUAACAGCCGAGCACCUCCCCCAACAACAGCUAAAUCACCAUCCUUCCCCUUGCUCCCGCCAGCUCUCCCUGCCUCUGAUCCCUAAGAGGAGAGGGUCGGCCCAAAACCCAGAUGAAACCAGCUUAGCCACACGGCUGUCCAUCACAGACCACCAGCAACAGCCAGCUGAGGUGUUCUCUCCAGUGAGUCUUUCUUCUGGGCCUCUGUACCACAGAUACACUCUGUCCCAGUCAGAGUCCCAGCCCACUGAGACUGCAGACAGCCCCCACCCUACCUCCCAACUCACAGCCUCUGCCUCCACAGUGACGCUACAGGCUGCCCCAGAACCCAGCAGCAUGCUGCCCAUUGGCUGGAGGGGCCCAGAGGAUCCCAGCUGGGCUGCAGAACAGGGGACUACUGGCACCAGUGGUAGCAGUGAGGCUCAGGACAGUACUCUGUCUGUCUAUGACAACCUGGACACACUACAACGCAUGGAGGAGGUGGCUGCGGAUGGUGGUGGGGGCAGCCCUGCUGGCCCGGUGGAGGUGGGCACGGCCAGCAUGGUAGACACCAGAAGCUCCUGGUCUUCCUGUGAGAUUCUGUCCCUGGAAGACAGUGGGAGUGGUGUGGUCAGAACCAGCCCAGGACGGGGGUCCACUAGGUUCCCCUCCUUCAGGACUGACCCAGGAGACGAGGACCUCCAUCCUAACUCCCCAGCCUCCUCCUCUGCCCUCACUGAUGCCCCCCUGAGCACGGGCAGCUCGGAGGUCUUCCUGCCCUCUGCUCCUCCGGACCUCCGCGUCCCCCCGGCCUCCCAGGCCAUGCACUGGCUCUUGACUGGCCUCAGACAACAGAUGGCCAGGCAGAGGGCUGAGUUCGAGGCCAAGAUCCAGAGGUUGGAGAAGCGUAACGAGGCCCUCCAGGGGGAGGUGGUGGGACUGCGGACCAGCCUGGAGCAGCAGCGCCGCUGGUACAGUGUGGCCGAGAUCAAGAUCCGCAACGUGGAGCGUGCCCGGGCCGAUGCCGACCGCCGCAACACCACUCUACAGAGGGAGAUGGAGCAGUUCUUUGAUACCUUCGGAGAGCUGAACGCUGAGGCCCGGAAGAGCGAAGGUUAGGGUUAGCACCCCUGGAGAGCUGAGCGCUGAGGCCAGGAAGAGCGAAGGUUAUGGUUAGCACCCCUGGAGAGCUGAGCGCUGAGGCCAGGAAGAGCGAAGGUUAGGUUAGCACCCCUGGAGAGCUGAGCGCUGAGGCCAGGAAGAGCGAAGGUUAGGGUUAGGCACCCCUGGAGAGCUGAGCGCUGAGGCCAGGAAGAGCGAAGGUUAGGGUUAGCACCCCUGGAGAGCUGAGCGCUGAGGCCAGGAAGAGCAAGCAUAUCUUACAGAGCUUCUGAUGGCCAGUCAGAUUAGAGAAAGAUGCCAUUACCAGAGCACUACAAGAGCAGUAUCAGGAGAAAACAAAAUCCAUCUGAAUGAAUAUAGAGAGAACUGUCUGUUGCCAUGAUUAAUCCAUAUUGGAUUUGUCUCAUAAUGAGUUGUACAUGUUUGAGGAUGGUUCUAAGACAGUUUUGAGAUGGAACCUGCUGAGAUGGACAACUCUGCUCUGAUGCCUUGGACAUUGUUCAACCAGACAUAUUGACCACCAGACCAGACCAGAAUGAGGUGGACUGGAGACGAUGGAGACAGACAAGAAACAUAAGCUACUGAGCUCACUAAAUGUGUCAAUGACUGAAAUGAGCCCUAUAAUAUACAGAAUCAAAACUUGAGACUUAAUGGAUGGCUGACAGCUGGCCUGGCCGUUGAUAUAAUAGACAGGCCCAGACCCAGCCAGUCUGUCCUGAGCCACACAGGAAAAGUUGUGAAAGAGAUCUGGGAAGUAACAUAACAGUCUCAUAGAAUCGGACCCUACGAGAUCCGGAGUACUGCUGGUUUUCAGUUCUACCUGAUAAUUCGUUACACCCACCUGGUGCCCCAGGUCUAAAUAUGUCCCUGCUUAGAAGGGAAGAAUGGGGGGGGGAGCAUUGUAACUAGCUUCAAGGUCCAGAUGUGAAUGUGAGGCCCAAACAAGGUGUUGAAACGCAGAGAUUAUGUACUAUUCCCAGUCUCUGACAAGAUCCCACAGCCAUUUAGACACCAUGUGAAAGCUGAUCUUAAAUAGGAUUUGAUUUAGUGCUUCCAAGUAUUGAGGUCAUGUUCUGAGUUUGUCUAUGAGGGUGUCUAAGAACAGACUCAUAUUACUGAUGCAGGUAUUUCACACUGCUAUAAAUAUGAAGGAUUAUAAUUUGGGACCCAUCUGAACACUAUUUCACUUCGUUAUGACAGGGCAGGUUGAGUCACAGCUUUUAACAGUACACCACUUGAAAAUGCCCAUGUAGCUUUUCCACGAAAACCAAUAUGUAUAGUGCAAUAUUAACGUCCUGAAUAAUAAAACAUACUUUUACUAAAUCAUUUUGCAGAGGAACGUGCGCGCACACACACACACACUGAAACACGCAUGCAAGCACACAAACACACACACUUGUAUGAAAUAAAAUAACCAAAGACGUAAGCAAUAGAUCCUGUCUAUAGCAAUAGCAUUUUAUUUAGCAGAAUUAAUGUUGUCCUCCUUUGAUGUCAAAUGAUAAUCAUCUCUUGAGUUUUUGCAUAUUUUUCAGACAGGGCGAAUAUAGUGGAACAUAUUAAAGGUGCUACACGUAGGAUUUCUUUUUGCAUUGUAAUUUCAGAAAAAUGUCCAUAAUAUAUCCGGUACUAAUAGUGGAAUGAUGGUGUUUCGCCGUCUUAAUGACCCGCCAGUGUUGUGAUUGGCUGUGAUGUUCACCUAUUGAUAUCUCCUGCCGGUGCUGCAUCUGUUUUCAAACUGGGAAAGCUGUUCUGACUUUGUAGCUAUGUUAUCUAGUGGAAAUAGUUCUGUCAUUUUCUGGUUGCUAAAAUUCGACACUGUUUGCUCAAUUUCAGCUUAUGUGAGAAAACAAGCACUGCAUAGUGUAGGGAAUCAAUGUACCAUCUAAAUUGCUGUGAAAUAUCUUUUCAAUAACAAACAAUAUCAUUUUUUACAGCUGUUUGAAGCUGGUGGACCAAACCAAAAGCUACUUUUGGUUUUGGUCCACCAGCAUCAAACAGCGGUUUUGGUCACUAUUCAGUGCUUGUUUUUUCACAUAAACUGAAAUUGAGCGAACCGUGUAGAAUUUUCUCAACCAGGAAAAUUGUGAUUUCCACUAGAUAUCCCAGCCACAAAAUCAGAACAGCUUCCCUAGUUUGACCACAGAUGCCGCUGUGGCGGAAGAAAUCAAUAGGCGAAUACACCAGCCAAUCACAA